ACGAUGCUCAGUGCAAGAGCGCGCGCUUUCUCCGUUGAACAGUUGCUAGGAAAACCUGACAACCAGACUGAUAUACUUGGAAGUGGCGGAAGUCACUGCUUACAGGGUGCAUGUGAAGCACAGUUUGACAAGUUCGUUAAGACGGUGUAUGAUGAGAGUGGGAGGCAUGAGCUGCAGGUGGAAUUAUGUCACGGGGAUCUGUGGCAGGCCUUUCACCGCCUGGGUACAGAGAUGAUCAUCACCAAGUCGGGCAGGAGAAUGUUUCCUGCCGUGAGGGUCCGGAUUCUAGGAUUGAGAGAAGAAGUCCAGUACCGUGUGUCUCUGGACUUCCAAUCCCUGGAUGACCACAAGUACAGAUAUGUCUACCACAGUUCCAAAUGGAUGGUAGCAGGCACGGGGGACCCGCCGCCAGCUAAUCAACGCUACAGCCAUCUGGACUGCCCACUAGGUGGCCGUCACUUAAUUAGUCAGGUUAUCUCGUUCGAAAAACUGAAACUGACCAACAGAGAUGACCCCCAAUCGGGCCAGAUCUCCCUGGUGUCCAUGCAAAGGUACAUGCCCCGCAUCCACGUGGACAUCCUCAACUCCAACUUUGAAGUGCAAGCUCGCUAUGUGACGUCGUUUCCACAGACGUCCUUUAUGGCAGUAACAGCAUAUCAGAAUCAAGAGAUAACCAGGCUUAAGAUUGCAAGGAAUCCCUUUGCCAAGGGCUUCAGGGAAUCCGACAAGAGCAGGACAUCCCUUGAGGCCGCCAUGUCAUCCCUCUGUAGUUACAUGAUUCUCAGGAACACUUCUUCCAGGAAACGCUGUCUACCCCGUGAAGCAACAGAUCUGCCAAAGAAAAUCUUCAAACCAUCUCCGACUGGUGUGGUUCACACGACCACAACGAACCGUUGGUUGCAUGCAGAAUCAACAGCCAAUCACUGCCUUGUACAUGCUGUUCCAGUCUCGAUCUACGGCCUAUCAGCGUGUUGUUAUAAUUGGUCACGUGAUGACGAGUUAAAGGAGUCGGCACAAUCUGUGUGUGACAUGUGCUGUUCCCUCCCCUGCUGGAGGUACCCAGGUCUUCAACAUCCUGGAAUUUUUGAACCGUACCAACAAACAUUCCCAGGCUACCAGGCCAGCAUUAAACCUGACAUUAUUCCUGACUCAAAGAUCGAUAUUAAACAGGAAUUGAAAACUGACAGUUAGAACAGGCGCUUGAGGGGAACCCGUUACUUUCCUGGAGAGAUCUGUGAACUGAUUUUGUUUAUAAAACCUGCCUGACA